AUGAACAGCCCCCAGAAUCAAUUGAGUAUCUACAUGCGUAACUGCUUGCAUCACAAUCGUGAGCGGCCGAGUGAGAUAGAAUUGAGGAUUGUGAGCACAGAUAUUUCUAGUACGGGCGAGAAUCGGACAAGGGUGAUCCUCUCCACUUGCGAGUGUCCUAUCUCCCGCGACUCUAAGACCAUCGUUAGCGCCGAUAUCCCGAGACGAAAGUGCUCACGCCAGCCGUUAGCGGCGGCAAGCCGCAGUCCCUGCAUACCUUCUCGCAAACGAGUGUCCUUUAGCGACGUCGUCGUCGAGGCCACCUCAGCCGCCGUCGUCGAUCGCAGGACGAUCAUGCAACAUGAUCCGUCGCGUUCACAUUGUGACAACGACGAACGGGAAACUUUCUACGACAUAUGGCAGGCGGACGAUUCUGUGACCGGCAGAAGCGACGACGGAUACGAAAAUACGCCGAGGAUCAAUAAUUACUCGGAAAACCGCGUAUCAGGCUGCAACUUUAACAAAGGCCGGGAUUUGCCGGAAAAUAUCGACGAGACCGUCGUGUCGAGCGAUGAACGUGCGCGAGACGUACAAUCUGGCGACGGUGAGAGCGAGGUUCGUCCGGAGGAUCACAUUGCCGAAAAUGCGGCUAGAAAAAUCGAGUACGAACACGGUACCGUGUCGCACGAGGAUGUAUCUAAUUCCAUCAGCUAUAAAGAUGUAACCUCAGUCGACCGUGAAGAGUGUCGUAUGCGAGGAGGUUGCGGUGGAUGUUGCGGUACACUACGUGAGAAUGUCUCUCUCAGGAGGAGUUCGCAGGAUCACGGUUGCUGCUACUGCUAUCGCUACUGCUGCGGUGGAGGACUCAUCGCGGGGCUGUAUGAAUCAUGUGCGCCGGAGUCUACUAGAUGUGCAGGUAGUGUCAAGGCAGCUUGCACCACCGAGCCGGCGGCGCGUUGCUGCUGUCGUUGCGUCCAAGGCUGUCUCCGAACGGUCUGCAAGAAGGCGGCCAUCAGGUGCGGCGAAGUGGUGCCUGGGUGCACGACAGGUGCCCGAAGUUGCGGCGGUGGUGGGUGUUGCGGCGGCGGGUGUCGCGGCGGUUGUGAGAAACCUGGUCAGAUCUGCACGCCGUCCUCGCGAGUCCGCAGCUCGCCAACUCGCAGCCGACCUCGAUCCUCGCGAGGGAAGUCGCCUUGCACGCAACCUCGCUGUCCCGCACGGUCGCCCUAUCCUCCAGCGGAUUGCGCGACAACGAGCGGAUGUUCGUCCGGCUACGGAAGUUGCCACUGCUGCGGUAGCGGAGGAUACGAGUGCGAAAAUUCGAGAUGCCGGUCUAUCCUCGGUAGCGGAUGCUGUAUGAACAAUCGAACAAAAUGCGGUGCCGAUGGAGCCUGCUGUCGACUGAAAGUGCCGGUGAAUUGUGACUGCUUCGGUGGCGGUCUUGACUGUCGACGAUGCGGAAGGAAGGUCUACCAGGCUGAGAUGCAAAUCACCUCCGGAGCACGGUAUCAUAACAUUUGCUUCAGCUGCUUUUGUUGCCGAAAGCCGCUAGAACCGUUGACUUACCAGGAGAACUGCGGCGAGAUAUAUUGCAAACAAUGUUACGUGCGCAAUUUUGGGCCGCAAGGAUAUGGUUACGGUGCGGGGGCCGGCGUGCUGCAGACUCCCUUGUGAACUCGUUGACUGCCUGACAUACUUAUGAAAA